AUGGCAGCUGCUGUGGAAGGUUGUGAAUGCCCUGAGAUCGUUUUGGAGAUGGCCGUCCAGGGCAGCAGCUGGCUGCCAAUGGCUGGAGAGGGUGGCCUUUGUAAGGAUUGGAACUCCAGAGAGUGCGUGGUCGACGGCUUAGUACCCGGAACCACCUACGAGGGCCGUGUGCAGAUUUCAUGCCAAGCAUCAGCUUUAAGCAGCAUUUGGACUUACGCAGGUGCCACGGUGACCACGAAUUUGGAAGCUCUGGUGGUGGAGGGCAGCAUCUCUGUGACAGCGGCUCGACGCUUGAGCGCGAACGCUCGUCGCUUGGCGGAGCAACAGCUGCAGAAGGUCUUGAGCGAGGUCACUGCAGUGGAGCUGCGCUCGGUGUUGGUGACCACUGAAGGUAGUGACACGUCGUACCUUGUGGCAGCUUCAACCCUUGGGAGCGACGAUGCUGCUGCGGAGUUGGAAGCACAGGCUGCGCAGAGGCGUUUGGAAGACUCCUUCGCGACAGACUUUUCAGAUCGCCUGUCCUCGGAGCUGGGCUCCUCUGUCGAGGUGAAGGUUGUGCUGCCUCCCGACGUGGCACGCCGCAGCGAGGCUUUCCCCAGCUGUGGCUUGCCGCCGUCGGUGGCGAACUCUGCCAGAAACUGGUCCUCCACCAGCUGUUUGGGCCGAACUUGGUCUGACGGACCCUGUGACGUGCCAUGUGAUGUGGGUUUCCUGCCGGAAGGAGGUGGAUUUCUCUGUAGUUUAGAUGGAGAAUGGUCCUCUUCGCCACGCUGUGCCUCAAUUUGGUCUGUGGGAGACUGGGGUACAUGUCAAGGAGUUGCUGACCACUGCGGUGAUGGAGGAUUGCAGCAGCGCCAGGUCACCUGCCCUGAAGCCUCUGGUUGCCAUGCCAUGUCAAAGCCGAUAGAGGAGCAGAGUUGUCGCGCGACCAGCGGAUGCCUUUGGGUCGAAGGUGUUUGGUCCGCCUGUUCCAACGACUGCGGUGUCGGUGAAAGGUCCCGCAGCAUCACAUGCUCCUCGCCAUUGGCGUCGGAUUGCGCAGACAAAGCGCUGCCGGUGAACAGACUCUGA